CAAGUCUCUGUCUACCCCCACCUGCAGGGCGACGUUCACCACUAACCUCGCUCUAAAGCAGACAGGAACCAUGUCACGAACAAAAGACAUUCGAGCAUACUGCGGUCCGGGCCGCCCUCUUAUGUUACGUUGGCCCUCGGCGCCAGAAGGGGUUGACGAUGCGAAGAGUUCGGGGUUGAUUUGUGCGACGGUCGUGGCGCGUGCGAUGUGGUCGCGCAUCAAGCCACAGUUUUGGCCCGAGCAAAGAGAUGACGAGGACGCGAUUACGACGUAUACAUUCGCCGACUUCAAAGACGGGUUGCCGUGGCUUGCGGAGUCGCUCCAGGAGAUCUGGGAGAAGGCGAAGGAGUCAACACAGCAAGGCGGGCAGGUGGACGACUCGUUCGCCGGCAUCUGCAGGAGCCCCCGCUUUGUCAGGGCCUUCUGGGCCAACCCGCUGUUUCGGCUGACGACGGACCAUUACAGGGUUGGUUGGCAAUACGACGAGCCCCACGUCGUCCUUGGGGGCGAUGACCUGGCGAGACAAGCUCUCGUGGCCUGGGAUGGUGUCGAGCCAGAGACACUGGCGCAAGCCAUCAACAACCUGACAUUCAAGAAAGAGGAUGACCGGAGGAACAUAAUUUCCGCAUUCUUCUCGAAUCCGAGCCUGCUCCAGGUUGACUUGACCCCGGGCAACGGCUCAGACAAGUCCCUUGCCGACAUACAGACCUUCGAAGCGGACAGGUGGGCCUUCGUGCCGAACUCGCACAGCCCGUGCGGGAAAUGGAAGGUGACAGGCCAGGUGCAUUACUCGCUUAUGGCAGUUGUCCUACACCGCGAGAACGAGGACGGCGUCGACUCCGUCCGGACGUUUCGUGAGAACGGACAGGAAGAGCUGCUCGAGGGUGUGUGUGAGAUUGCCUGGCCGUUUGAUCUGGACGAGCCAGUCCCCGCCGGCCGCAAGGUCACGGUGUUUUACAACUCAGCCUUGCCGUCCGGCAAGGUUUAUCCCCUAACUCCAUCUAAGAGAUUUCCAGCCUUGCCCAUGGAACUCAAUGCGGAUAUCAAAGCACAGGUCUGGGGCAGUGUCGAGGCGGAGGGCGGCGAGGCGGCAGAGGACGAGCUUGAGCUGGCAGACCUGUUCAUAGCUGGGCUGUCGCAGUGGAAGUCAGUCCGGGACGAGCCUGCGGCCGGGUCAGACAGACACGGCCCACAGUCGGCGUCAGCAGACAUGCAGGGCCACGGCGAGAGGGAGGCGCGCCCGUCUGGUCGAUCACAGACGGACCCUGCACCUGGCAAAGCCUCCUCGCCGCGGCGCACUGCUCGGCGCAAUCAGCAACCCAACGCGUGGUCCAACGCGCAGUCCAACGCGCCGCUCGGUGCGCCGACAGGGCCACGUGCUCAAAGGCCGCCGAGGGGACCACGCGAGGAAGCCAGCGGGCCAAACGCCCUGCCAAUUCCAGCUGAUCGUCAACGUCUAGGCGACGGCCAGGUCGGCAAUAGUGUGGCAUCUCGAGGCGGCCGCGACAGGGGUGGCCGCGGCAGGGGCGGCCGCGGUGGGAGAUGA